AUGCCUCCAAAGAAGGAUGCGACCACGCCUGACAACAGUAUCGUGGGCUAUGACAACAAGGAGACCAGGAUCCUCGCCGCUGCCUUCGUGUCUUCCAUCGGACCCGACAAAUAUGACUUUCCGCUCUUCGCCAAGCUCACCGGGUUCACGGAGGGCACGCUGAAGAAGUUCUGGCCUCCUAUCAAGAGGAAGGUCGCGGACGAGCAUCUCAACUUCGGCGUGUUCCUUGGCGGUGGCUCUGCCGCAGCCGCAGCUCCAACCAAGGCCGUUGCAGGCAAGAAGCGCAAGGCUACUAAUGCAGACGCCGAUGCUGAUGCCGAGCUUGACAACGCUUCUUCUGCUGAUCCCGUUGACAGCAAGGUGUCUCAGGGCAAGGCGAAGAGGGCCCCGGCCAAGAACAAGCGCACCAAGAAGGUCAAGACUGAAGAGGUUGAGGAAGCUGAAGUCAAAGAGGAGGAUAACUCUGCUGCGGGUGGAGACGGCCUGGGUGAGUUUGUCUUCGAGAAGAACGUGGUGGCCUGGUUGGAGAAUGCUGACGGCUCAGCAGAUGUAGUCUAA